AAACUGCUAGUGUCCCUAAACACCUUUAACCAGCACUGCAUCGGCAGUAUGGUGGGGUGUUGCCAUGGCAACGACUAGAGCGUCAACAUGUCAACGACAGGAGCGACACGUCGUGACAAGAAAGAGCAACGAAAAGUAAAGGAUGAAAAGAAAGAGGAAGCUGUCAUCCUCCAGUGGGAAGCGAUGCCACUCCGACAGAUCCAAGACCUUCUGAAGAGAAAUGCGGAUCAACUUCACUCGGAACUGAAGGAGAUCCUGAGCUUCAGGAACCAUCAGACCUGUAUGAAGGAAGCUGCCCUGCUGGAUUACUAUGUUUGUGGUUUCUGGUGGGCAAAAGAGGCCAAAUUCACCCCUACACAGACUUCCUUCACCAUGGCUGUACUACACAUGCUGCUGGAUAACAUACGAGAGAAACAGAUGAGUUUAGUGGAUAACCUGACGGAGUUUGCUAAGGCCUUAGCUGCUGCCCGCCAGUGCUCAUCUUCAGAUGAAGGCAGCACUCCACCUCUAGACAGAGAAGCAGCCACAGCGCUCAUAAGUUACACCAGAGACAGUCUCUUUCAGAAAUACAGACUCUAUGAGCUUCUUUUCACCACACCCAGAGAGGAGUUACUGACAGGCAUGGAGAGGACAAUUGAGGUGUUCACUUGUGAGGAUGCUCUAACUCCAUUGGAGGAAGGUAUCUCUACUCAUCUGUACUUCCAGUGAUGGGCCCUGCCUGCUAUCCAGGAGGAUGGAGAGGUUUGAAGAGAAAAGUUCUGCCAGACCAGGGUGCCUGAAUAUCAGCUCUGCCAAAUACUUUCAAUAUAUCACAUCUUCAAUAAUAUUACACAACCCUAUUAAAUUAAUUUAUCCAUAACUAUCAAAAUGAAUAUUCUGUUUUUAUUAAUGACAUGUUUUGUUGAAUUCAUUACAAGCUGCAUAUUUAAUAUGAAAGUCUCCACAUUAGGAUGCCUCGGAGGUUUCUUACAAAUGCUGUAUCUCCAGUGUGUCAUGAUGAGUUUUGGUACACUGCUGUAUUUCACUGUUUUUCUUCUCUUUGUCUUCAUUUGGUUGUGAUAUUCAGCUCUUAUUUUUGUCAUAGUCUUUUCAAAAUGUGAGACCAUUUAUAAGGGAACUGGUAGAAAAACUGCUGAGGAAUCCAAAUAAAGUAUAUACAGCAUCGCAUUAGUGCUGACAUCAACACCAUAAAUUACACUUGACAUAUUUUAGUGAUACAAGAAAAUCCUGUUGUUGCUCAUGUUAGAGGAUUUUACAUGGAUCAAGUCACACCCACAUCAUGUGAAAUACUUACACAAACUUCAGUCUUUAUUAU